ACCACUCAGCUGUUAUCGACGGACUCGCUUGUACAGUAGCUGCAGAGUGAAUAUACCAGGAAUCUGAGAAAUUGCAAACAUGUUGGGUUGUUUCAAGAAGAAAGGGAUCGAAAUGGUUAAGCUUUUAUUUAUGCUGGCGGUUUUCCCCGUAGUUUACUCCUGUGAUCCAGUAACACAGUAUGAGAAGAAUGGGAAGUGUUGCAAUAAGUGUCCGCCAGGCACAAGGAUGUCAUCCGACCAUAUUGGUUGUUUUGAUCCACAUUGCAUGCCCUGCCAAGAUGAUGAAUACCAGGAAGUAUUCACAGAGAAGAACAUCUGCAAAGUCCAACCAUACUGUGACCAAAAUAAAAACUUUGAGGGCAGUACCAACAGGAACAAGACAAGCCUCAGCCAAUGCAGAUGUAAAGCAGGACACCAUUGUUCCAGUGAAGAGUGCCUGACAUGUGUACCACACACUAAAUGUGGACCAGGACAAGGGAUACUUUCCGCAGGUGACCACAUCCAGGACACGGUGUGUCAGGCCUGUCCUCCAAACACCUUCUCCAGUGACAGCUCAGCAGAGAGCAAGUGCAAGCAAUGGAAAGUUUGUAAGGCAGGAUUCAAAGCUGAAGCCAAUAGGACAUCCACCUCUGACACUGUCUGUGUGCCAGUACUCCUUUCCUCUGGAGAAAUAGCAGCAAUUGUAAUUUCCCUUGGGGUUACAUUGGCCAUGGGUGGAGUGGUCAUUAUCCUGUGGAAAUGUAAAGGUAAACAUGGAGAGGCAAACAAGAAAGAUAAGGAAUCCUGUGUGGAGUGUCUAAGGUAUGAGAGGGCACCUACAGAAGACAGAAAAACAGAAGGGGGAAACGCAGAAGGACCUGAGGAGGAAAGGGAACAACUCAAACCUAUGAUCCAAGAUGGAGAGCCACUAUCACCACCAUCACCAACAUCACAACUAUCACCAACAUCACCACCAUCACCAACAUCACAAUCAUCACCAGGUACUCAAACACCAGUGGAGAAUGAUGUUAACGACUCUCAAGCCGAGUCUUCUGCCAAAGCUGAAGACAUGACAGAAAAUGGACAUGUGGUGGCGCAGGAGCAGGGUAUCUUCAUUAUGUCGCCAAGUACCACAUAACCACUUGGCUUCACCCUGUGAUUAACACAAUAUACAACGGUCAGGUUGUGCAUUACCAUUAAAUAUUAAUUAAAUAUUGCUAAAUAUACUGUACAUUGUAAACUGUUGUAAAAAGUAUUGGUUGUUACUGUAUUAUAUUAUAGAAAGUUUUCAUAAGCAUACUAAAGUAUGCCUAUAUUAUGUUUUUCUCUUGUAAUUACUCUCCUUUGCACUAAACUAUCGAAAAUAAAUGCUACUGCCCACUGGACACACACUGGUUGAAUCAACAUUGUUUCCACGUCAUUUCAAUGAAAUUACCAAAUCACCCUCUAGUG